AGUGCAGUUGAUAAAUGGAGAUACAGUGUUUGUCAAGUUAGUUUGUUUACGCGUGUUUAUUUUCGCUCCGAUCAGGCUUUUUCUCGUUUUUGUGUCUGUUUAAAGGUAGAUGAAGGUACCAAGAUGUCCAGAAAUCACAAGGACAAAUAUGAAAGUUCAAGUUCGCGUCGUACGCACUCAAUUAUGUCAACCGAGGACGCUAAUUCUGGGAAGAAAUCUCAUUGGCCGGAACUGGAGAUAACAGGGAAUGUUAAAAAUUUAAGCUCUAAUUUGUGGCAACUUAAACAUUUAACAGCAUUAUAUCUUAAUGACAAUAGUUUACAAAGGAUACCAGUUGAAAUAGGACGUUUAGCAAAUUUAAAAGUCUUGGAUUUGAGUAAUAAUAAAUUACGUAGCUUGCCUUCUGAGCUCGGGGACCUCAUCAACCUUAAAGAAUUAUUGUUAAAUCAGAAUUAUUUACGAGUGUUGCCGUACGAGUUAGGAAAAUUAUUCCAGUUACAAGUGUUAGGACUCCAUGGGAACCCUCUCAGCAAGGAUAUGAUGGCGUUGUAUGGCGAGCCGCAGGGAACUCACAAGCUCCUGUCUUUCAUGCUCGACAAUUUACAAGUAACAGCAAAUCCACCGCCGCAACGACCCUGGAUUCCCUUGACCAGGCCCAACAGGACAAGACCCACAUGUAUCUUCACGGUAAUGUGUUACAACGUCUUGUGCGACAAGUAUGCAACACGGCAGAUGUACGGAUACUGUCCCAGCUGGGCUUUGGAAUGGGAGUACCGAAAAAAAGGAAUUCUCGAGGAAAUACGUCACUAUUCAGCAGACAUUAUCAGUCUCCAGGAAGUAGAAACCGACCAAUUCUACAAUUUCUUCCUCCCGGAGCUGAAGCGCGAGGGAUACGACGGUAUCUUUUCCCCGAAAUCCAGGGCCAAAACGAUGGCCGAGAACGAUCGUAAAUACGUCGACGGGUGUGCCAUCUUCUACAGAACAGCCAAAUUCACGCUCAUAAAAGAACAUCUAGUGGAAUUCAAUCAGCUCGCGAUGGCCAAUGCCGAGGGAUCCGACAACAUGUUGAACCGCGUGAUGCCACGUGAUAACAUUGGAUUGGCUGCCCUUCUUCGUACAACCGAAGCCGCUUGGGACAAUGGAAUACCAUCAGACCCAGCGCAAAUUCAACAGCCAAUAUUAGUAUGCACAGCACACAUACACUGGGAUCCAGAAUACUGUGAUGUUAAAUUAAUUCAAACAAUGAUGCUGAGCAAUGAAUUGCGGACGAUGCUGGAACAAGCCAGUCAAUCAUUUAGACCUGGGCACAAACCUGAUGCUUCUAAUGUUCAAUUGCUACUUUGUGGUGAUUUUAAUUCUUUGCCCGACUCUGGAGUGAUUGAGUUUCUGACAUCGGGACGGGUCGCGUCAGACCACCGCGACUUCAAAGACUUGGCGUACAAAUCAUGCUUGCAAAAAAUAUCCGGAUGUGAUAAACCCAAUGAGUUUAUACAUUCAUUUAAAUUAGCUUCUGCUUAUAGUGAAGAUAUAAUGCCAUGUACUAAUUACACAUAUGAUUUUAAAGGAAUAAUAGACUAUAUUUUCUAUUCGAAAUUAAAUAUGACUCCAUUAGGUAUAUUAGGACCACUGAGCGCCGAUUGGUUUAGAGAUAAUAAUGUCGUAGGAUGUCCUCAUCCGCACAUACCAUCUGAUCAUUUCCCAUUGCUAGUUGAAUUAGAAAUGACACCACAGGGAACUAGUAAUGGUUUAAUAUCACGUAGGUAGCAGCAGCCACCGCGAUCUAGGCAAAAAUAACAACAGCAACAAUGAAAAAUGAUAAUAAAUAAGGGAACGUUUUAAUAAAUAAUUAAAUAGCGAUUGAUGUCCGGUAAUUAUCUCACACUCUGGCUCUAUAAUAUCUUGUAUUUACUAAACAAUAACAGUAAUUAUUAUUAUUAUUACUGUUGUUGUUUAUGAAGAAACAAAAUACUCCACAUGCCGCACAUUAAAGAUCGAUCAAAAUCGAUAGUAAUUUUAAUUGACUUACUAAUAAUUAAUUGAUAAUUUAAUAAAAUAAAAUGAUAGGUGACGGGAGCGGUUGUAAUGCGUUUAGCCCAUGUAUAGUGUAUUGUAUUUUAAAAUAAGUAAAUUUAAAUUUAUUCAUUAAUCUCAAUAUCAUUUAACGUAAUUAUUAAUUAUAUAAUUAUAUAUACGGUCAUGGUAAUUGUAGAUACCUAUUUUCCUACCAAAUAACAAAAAAACUUAAAAAAAAUUUUAAUAAUUAAUGGCUUAUUUGUAAAGGCAACAAAUUUAUUUUAUUUCAUUUUUUUUUUUUAUCAAAUUAAUUAUUUCAGACUUUUAAUAAAAAAAAAUUGGAUAUUAUUUCAAAAGGGUGACGGAAAAUAAAAUUUAUUCUGCGUUAGAAAAAAAAAUAAAAUAAAUAAAUUUUUGUUGCUUUUAUAAAAAGUUAAAUAAAUAAUAAUAAUAAUAAUAAAUAUUAUUAUUAUUGUAAAAAUAUUCCGAUCAAACCUCUGUGAUAUUGAGACUAAUUGGAACAAUUUCACAUAUUUAAUGACGAUCUAUAGUCUACUAGAAAUAUAAUAAUAAAUAAAAAAAAAUUCUUAGACUUCCUAAAUGUCAUUACAACAAUUUCCAAGCCAAUUUUUUGAUAAGAAUGCUGCCAUCCAUUGAAAAAUUGUAUUUUUAAACGUUCAAUACGCUAAUAAUAAAUGACAAAUAUAAUAAUUAAUAAUAAUAAUAAAUAUAAUUAAUAAUAAAUAAUAAAAAAAAAAAAAAAAAAACAAACACGCUAUACUGGGCUGUGCGAAAUAUGAUUGGAGUUGACUUAACAAUUUCAAUGCAAGUACAAAUCUGUUCUUAUUGGCCACGUAUAUUCAUAAUUAUAAUUGAUUAAUUAAUUAAUUAAUUAAAAUAAUAGAUAAUUGUAGUUUAAUAAUUGUAAGUACGUUCACGUAACCAAUGCAUUUUUUUCUCAUUUUUUAUUUAUAAAAAAAUAUUUAUGAGGUAUUAUUACUGUAUUUUUUAUAAGUAUUUAGUUUUCUACUAUUUGAUCAUUCAAUUUAAUUUAAUUAAACUUUUUUUUUUUAACUUCAGUGACUACUAAAAGGGAACAAUUACUUUUAUUGUAAAUAAAUUUUUAAAUGCUAUAAUUAUUAUUGUAAUUUCAUUGGAUACAACGAACUUUUUAAUUAAUUUUUUUUUUCGUAGUACCGGCAAUAAUUGAAUGAAACAAGUAGUAGGCAGUUUAUUAAUUUCUGUAAAAAUAACUUGGAUUUAAAAAAAAUAAUUAAUUAAAUAAUUUUUUUUAUAUGGAAAUUAAUUUUUUUUUCCAAGUUAUUUUUGGGGCUAAUUAUUUUAGUGUAAUUGUAAUUUGACUUAAUAUUUUUUUGCUAAUCGUGAAUAACAAUUUCAAUAAUUAAUAAUUAAUAAUAAUAAUAGUAAAUAUUGUAAAAAAAAAAAAAGAAAAAAAAAUAGAUAAACGAAUUAGAUUUUGAGAAUUUCCAUAAAAGUGUCAAGGCAGUAAAUAAUUAAUUAAUUAAUUACAGCUUAUAGAUCUCUGGCCUAAUUGAGAUGCAUCAUGUAUUGUUUUAUUUUAAAAAUAUUUUAUUACUUAAAUCAAUUUGUUUUAUAAAUUAUUUUUAUAACUGCAAUAAUUAUCUAUUUUUACUUAUUUACUCUGUACUAAAUUAUAGAAUCUCAUGUAAAUUUAAUUGGGGGCAAUUUCAGAAGCUCUUUAAUUUAAAAAGAUAAAUGUCACCUUCAUUUUUUUGUCGUGAAAAAUAAAAAAAAAAAAAGCGCGAAAAUUUUUUUUAAAUUUUGGGUCUGAGAUAGUCCUCAAGUAGACAAAAUUAAUUUUUAAAAAAUAGUCAAUUGAUUAAAUUUAUAAAUAAUAAAUCGUGACCGCUGAUUUGGAUCAAUUGUAAAUUGUAAAUCUUUUUUGUUAAAUUUAUUAAUUGUAAUUAAAAAAAAAAUUUAAGACAAAUCGCUGGUUUAUAAAAAAUUAAACGUCUCUUAAUAAAAUUUUUUAAAGAUUUAAUUAAUUAUUAUGUAUUAGUUGUAAUGAUGACGUACUGCCUGUUUGAUAAUUAUAAAUUCAUGGAUUAAUUAAAAAAAAAUGUAUAUUGUAGGAAUAAGAAAUUACCGGGUCUCGUUGGCUGAUAAAAAAAUUAAAAAUAAAGUAUCGCACAAUCAGAGAUAAUUAUUACAAAUAUAUAAAGUACAUAUUUUGCACUUUUUUAAAUUUAUUUAUAUAUAUUAUAUAUAUGUAUUGUCUAUAUAUAUUAAAUAUAUUAGUUAAUUAGACUGUACAAUACAAGAUGCAUCCGAUUAUUUUAUAAGAUAAUCGCAUUUAAUAAAAUAAAUAUAUUUAUACGUAAUAAUUAAUUUAAAUAUUUCGAGUGAUGUUAAUUAGAAAUAACUCUUUUUGUUACUUCACUUUUUUUGGUAUUAAUUAGUAAAAUGUAAUAAUAAAUACUCGCAAAAAGUGCAAAAGUACAAAAAGCUGUGCGAGACCUGGUUGGAUAUUGAAUACUAAAAAAAAUAAUAUUAAUAAAUAUAUAAGUAAGUUGUAAAGACAUAUUACGAAGUAAGAAAUUAUUAAAAUCUAGUAGAUUUUUAUUUUUAAAUUUGUUUUUAUUUUACGGAUACAGGAUUUGAAUUAUUGAUUUUUAAAUAAAUUUUAUUACCGCGUAAAUAUAAUUUUAAAUAUAUAUAUUUCUCAACCAAUAUCAUUUUUACAAGAUAUAUUUUAUCAAAACACGGAAAUCCGAAAAUUUUGAAUUUUUUUUUCGCGGGUAAAAUUUUACAGACAUCUAAACAUGUUCGAUUAAAAAAAAUCCUGUACCUUAAAAUAAAAAUAUAUUGAAUUAAAUUAAAAAGCAAUUCGGUAUUUAAACAAAGAAACAAAUUAUUUAAAUUCAAUAUCCAUUCAGUCAAUUGUCUGUACACAAAUACUGAUA